AUGUCGUCGAGUGCUGAAGUUAUUCGCCGUAAUCGACCGGGUACAAAGAUUGAGGAGUGGUGUCAAUGGCCUGAUGAGGUCUUUGACGAAGUUGACACAGUUCUUGCUGUGCAGCAGAUCAUCCAGCAAAUGAUUCGAAAGGACUUCCGGAAUGUUGAUGCUAUUUUAACCGAGCCACAGGGUCAAGACCUUGGUGUGUGGAAGUACGAACAUCUGCGCCAGUUUUGCAUGGAACUUAACGGUUUGGCUGUCCUACUUCAGGACCAUUGCACUCCUGAAACCUGUGCUCAGAUGACAGCGACGGAGCAGUGGAUCUUCUUGUGUGCUGCUCACAAGACUCCAAAAGAGUGUCCAGCUAUCAAUUACACACGUCAUACAUUGGAUGGAGCGGCUUGCUUGCUAAACAGUAGUAAAUACUUCCCCAGCCGAGUCACUAUAAGAGAUUCAUCUCUGGCCAAAUUGAGUUCCGUUUGUCGUCGUGUGUAUCGGAUCUUUUCACAUGCCUACUACCAUCAUCGCGGCCUUUUCGAUCAGUUCGAAGAGAAAACUGCUCUGUGUCAGCGCUUUACUGUUUUUGUGCUGAAGUACAAUCUAAUGAAUAAACAGAAUCUCCUCGUUCCUAUGCCUGGAGCUGACAUUGAGGAGGUAAGUUCUGCCGAUGGUGGUAGUGCGGGCCGGAGUGAAGCCUCUGAGACCACCACAACUUCAUCCGACGCAAGCAAUGCUAAUUCGUCUGUCUAG